UGACGUCGCGGUUAAUGGCAAUCCUUCAGGUCGAAUGACAUUCAAGCUCUUUGCUGACACUGUUCCCAAAACCGCUGAAAACUUCCGUGCUCUCUGUACUGGUGAAAAGGGUGUCGGCAAGUUUGGAAAGCCCUUACACUAUAAGAACAGCCAUUUUCAUCGUAUUAUCCCAGGAUUCAUGGCUCAAGGCGGUGAUUUCACUAUGGGUGAUGGUCGUGGUGGUGAAUCUAUUUAUGGCCACAAAUUUAAUGAUGAAAACUUCAAAUUAAAACAUGAAAGCAAAGGUCUCUUGUCUAUGGCUAAUGCUGGACCUAAUACCAAUGGUUCCCAAUUCUUUAUUACCUUCGAUAAGACUCCUUGGUUAGACGGCCACCACACUGUCUUCGGUCAAAUUACAGAAGGUACAGAAGUUUUGGAUCUUUUGGAGAAAUAUGGCACUCAAAGCGGUGCACCUCAAGCAAAAAUUGAAAUUAUUGAUUCUGGAGAGAUCAAAGAAUAAGAUAGAAAAGACGUAGCAAAGCAAGCCCGGGCACCUUGAUGUAUCCAGUCGUUUGAACGCCAAAGGGCGGAUUUUCUAAAUAAAAUACGGCUGAUAGAUUUUCAUCCCAAAGGUCAAUAUCAGGAA